AUGUCCAAAUCGUGGGACGGGCACUUGGAAUACGAUCCAAGGUGGAACUACAGCUCGCCCUCUCCACCCCAACCUAGCAGUAGCAACGUGCUGAGCCUAUGGCCCGAGACUAGCGACUUCACCAAAGCUAUGGUCUUGACAGCAGCGAUGACGGCCGCGACAGUAGCCACGGCGGUGCUGUGGGAGGCGGCGUGGGGGAGUUACCCUCGGCGCCGCCGGCCGGGCUCGGCGAGCCUGCAAUGGUUCGGCCAGGACAUGACUGGCACGACUGGCCAGGCCUACCCGCUGGUCGUCCGGGAAACCACCCAGCCCACGAUCGGCCGGGACAUCACACCUACGCCGAACCCGGUAGUCCGCCGCGAAACCAGUCUGCCCGGCCAGGACACGACAGCCACGCCCGGCCAGGCUAACCCGCCGGUGGUUGGCCGCAGCCUGCGCACGUACGGCCGGGACAUGACAGCUACGGUCAGCCAGGCUGAUCCAGUGGUCGGCCGGGACGACGAGAUAGACCGCGUCAUCCGCAUCCUCUGCCGCCGGACCAAGAACUGUGCCGCCCUCGUCGGCGAUCCGGGGGUCGGCAAGACGGCCAUCGCGGAGGGCCUCGCGCAGCGCGUCGCUGCUGGCACGGUCCCUGCGCCGCUCCUCGGGGCACACGUUGUUGAGCUCGACGUCGCGGGUAUGGUGUCCGGAACCAUAUGGCGUGGCAUGUUCGAGGAGCGCAUGAAGAACGUUAUAAAGGAGGCGGAGGAUGCCAAUGGCAAGGUAAUUCUGUUCAUCGACGAGAUGCACAUGCUUCUAGGCGCCGGCCGGUGCGAGGGCGGCAACACGGAUGCUGCCAACAUGCUAAAGCCGGCGUUGGCCCGUGGCCGUAUCAGGUGCGUGGGUGCGACCACGUUAGAUGAGUACCGCAAGAAGAUCGAGAAGGAUCCUGCCCUCGAGCGGCGGUUUCAGAAGGUGCAUGUCGACGAGCCGAGCGAGCAGGCCACCAUUGCCAUCCUCCACGCUCUAAAGAAGGGUCUACAAGAGCACCAUCGAGUGGAGAUUCAGGAUGCUGCAAUUGUUGCCGCCGUACAGCUCGCUGGGCGCUAUGUUACCGGCCGACAAUUUCCAGAUAAGGCUAUUGAUCUCAUUGACGAGGCUUGCACAACCACUAAGGGAGGAGAAACAUUUGUUAGCCCAGAACAUGUUGCACAGGUUGUGAGCCGGUGGACUGGAAUUCCUAUCGCCGCACUUGAUCUAGAAGAGACGGAAAAGCUAAUCCAUCUUGCAGAUAGACUGCAUGAAAGAGUUGUUGGUCAAAAUGAAGCCGUCAACUUAGUUGUGCAAGCAGUGCUACGUUCUAGGGCUGGUCUUGACCCACCUGGUCAACCAAUAGGCUCUUUUCUUUUCUUGGGAUCAACUGGUGUUGGCAAAACAGAGCUUGCAAAAGCUCUCGCCGAACAGCUAUUUGAUGAUGAGAAGAUGUUGCUUCGUUUCGACAUGUCUGAAUAUGUCAGUCCUGGAUCUGCGCUGCGUCUCAUUGGAGCACCUCCAAGUUAUCACGGCUACCAAGAUGGUGGACAAUUGACCAAUAAAGUUAAGAGUCGUCCGUAUAGUGUUAUACUUUUCGAUGAGGUGGAGAAGGCCGAUUCCUCCGUACUAAAUGUAUUACUUCAGCUGCUAGAUGACGGUGUGUUGACUGAUGGAAAAGGUCAAAAAGUAGAUUUCAAAAAUACAAUCAUCAUUAUGACCUCAAAUAUAGGUGCCGAACACUUAAUAUCAGGAAAACUUUGUGAAAGAAAAAUGAAAGUUGCAAGAGACCUUCUCAUGAAAAAGGUACAUAAGUAUUUCAAGCCUGAACUUCUCAAUAGACUAAGCCAGAUUGUUAUAUUUGAACCACUGUCUCACGAUCAACUAAUGGAGGUCGUGAAAAUACAAAUGAAAAGCGCGACUGCUAGAGUAGCAAAAAAGGGCAUAUCUCUGUCCACAAGUGAUGCUGCAUUGGACGUCAUUCUGUCCAAAUCAUACGACCCGAUGUAUGGUGCUAGACCUAUAAGGACAUGGGUGCAGAACAAUGUGAUGACAGUUAUCUCCGAGAUGCUGGUUAAAAAAGAAGCAUGUAAAUUCUCAACAAUUCGCAUUGAUGCUAUGGAGGACAAGGAGUUGAAAUAUCAAGUGGUGAAGAGGAGGUGCCAGCCGCUAGCGACUCCGACGAAGAAAUCGCUGAUUUGAUUGU